GGGUCACCCUCCCAGCUCAAAGGGCCUCCUGUGUCGGGCUGGGGGUCCAGGCCUCGGGGGGAGCCGGGCCCGGUCCCCUGGUCUUGCCCCGCCCCCAGCAGCGCGGGCGCGCCGGGGCCGGGCCCGGGGCCGGGCGGGGCAGGUUCGUCGCAGCAGCGAUGGCGACAGGAGCGCAGGGUCCGCGGCUGGCGCUGGCGGGGCUGGGCCUGCUCCUGGCGGCGGCGGGGGUGGGGGCGGCGAGGGCCGUCCCCAUGCCCGGGGCGCCCAUGGCCGUCCCCGUGACCGACCCCGGGGUGCAGGCGGCCGCACGCGCGGCUGUGGGGGCCUUCAACCGGGACAGCGACGACCCCGCCCUCUUCCGCGUGCGGCGCGUCCUGGCGGCCCAAAGCCAGGUGGUCUCCGGCGUGAAGUACCACGUGACGGUGGAGCUGGAGCGCACGCGGUGCCGGAAGGGGGCGGGGCGAGACCCGCAGGCCUGUGCCCCCGCCCCCCCCGCCCAGCGGCAGAAGCUGAUGUGCGAGUUCCAGGUCUGGUCCCGCCCGUGGCUCCACGACACCCGCGUCCUGGCUCAGAGCUGCGUCCCAGCCCAGGCCUGAGCCCCAGACCCCACCCCACCCGCUCUCAAUAAAAGCGGCUGGCCUUCCA